CCACCUUCCUGACUUCCUCCAGGUGGGGCCCGCCCCUUCCACAUUCCUGAGCUCGCAUACCUGCGGCCUUCAGGGCCUGUCACCAGAGGGGCCGGGCCAGGAAUACAGCGCAGCUCAGUGACUCCCACCUCCUCCAGGGAGCCGACCGGCACCACUGGCCCUGCAGCCUCCCACCCCAGGAGGCAGACAGAGGAUCGAGGGGAGGUUCCGAGGGGCAGCUAGCGGGAAGGGCCCAAGGAAGCAGGGACUGGCCUUCGCCACAGCUUCCCAGAGAGAUGCCCGCCGAGCCGGACGGGGCCUUUUGAAGGACGGGGCUCUGGGACCAGCACUGGGGCGGGCGGCAUGCAAAGGGACAGCGAGCCCCAGCCUUCAGAGCCGGCUGUCCCCACCAUCAAGGUGGUCCUCGUGGGCGAUGGGGGGUGCGGCAAGACGUCUCUGCUGAUGGUCUUCGCCAAGGGCAAGUUCCCGGAGACCUAUGUACCCACUGUCUUUGAGCGGUAUUCCAUGGCCUUGCAGCUUGAUGGCAAACCUGUGAAUCUCUACCUCUGGGACACAGCAGGACAGGAAGACUAUGACCGCCUCCGUCCACUGUCCUACGCUGAUGCCCAAGUGGUGCUCAUGUGCUAUGAUGUCAUGAGCCCCAACAGCUUUGACAACAUCCUUUCCAAGUGGUAUCCGGAGGUGACGCACUUCUGCCCAGGGGUACCCAUCAUCUUGGUGGGCUGUAAGACUGAUCUGCGCAAGGACAAGGUGCUGCUGAAAAAACUACGGCAAAACCGCCAGGAACCCAUCACCUACCAGAAGGGCCAGACGAUGGCAAGGUCAGUUCGGGCAGUCACUUACGUCGAGUGCUCUGCCUGGCUCCAGGACAACAUCCCCUCUAUCUUCCACGAGGCAGCAGUGGCUGCCCUCAGCAGUCGCAAGCGCCGCCGUCGAAGGCAAAGAGGGGCUUGGAAAGGCUGCCUAGUGACCUGAGGCUGAGGCCAUGUCUUCCGUCCCCCACGGCCAGCAUGGAGAUCCAGCCAGAAGGCCGAUCCCUCCUCUGAUCCCCCUGAGGAGGUGCGGAAGGGGCCGAGCAGGCUAGGCUGCCUUAGCCUCUGGCCCCAGAGCUGAGCCCUUUGCUGACGAUGAACUAUCUUCCACAUACUAAAAAUAUUGCUAUGACCCCAAAAGGUGGCCUGUGAGAGCCCCCUAGGACCUGGGUGGGGCUGAGCGAAGCUCCCCAGGGGCCUCCAACAAAACUGGGCCACCACCUGGCCUAAUGGCACUUCCUCUGGACGUAAGCAGAACGUACCCUGUCAUGACUGGACCUGAUCUUAGCACCUUGCUUCCCUGGAAGCCAGGGAGGAGAUUCACCCACCCUGCCCUCCAAAGGAAAAAUAAUAAUAAUAAUUAUUAUAAAAACAA